AUGGCUCCAAUUGCCUUGCUGGAGAGCAGUCUGCACCUCCGGUCUCAGAAAAGCCUGGAAGGGGACCAGGUGCUGCCCUGUGCCUGGCCACGGUCCUCGCCUCCUGGGACCAAGGUGUGGGCGGCCUGUGUCAGCCUGCCGUGCGAGGCUGAGGCUGCGUCACCGCCCCCGGGCACUUAUCUCCUGGAUCAGGCCGAGGGGCUUUGCCGCCAGCACAGGGACUGUCCUGCCAUGGGACCCAGCAGAUGCGUCUGGGAAGCUCGGACAGCGGUGCCCGACCGUGUUCACAGGACACGUUGGACCUUGGAGAGGGCAGCCCUGCCGCGAGGGAUGGGCACCUGGCUCCGGGUCUGCUUCUGGGUCGGCUUGGGAGUCUCGGUGCCCGGAGAAGGAGGAGCAGCCUCUGUGGGCUCCCAGUGGUCACUGCUCCCAGGGCCGGGGGCUGGAACCUUCGCCUGCCUCACCAACAACAUCCUCAGGAUUGACUGCCACUGGUCGGCCCCAGAGCUGGGCCAGGGCCCCAGCCCCUGGCUCCUCUUCACCAGCAACCUCGCGCCGGACACCAAGCACAGGUGUGUCUUCCGGGGCAGCGCGUGCACCGUGGUCCUGCCGCCGGAGGAGGUCAUUGCGCCUUCCGACAACUUCACCAUCACUUUGCACCGUCACAUCUCUGGGAAGGAGCAGGUCAGCCUGGUGGACCCUCAGUACCUGCCCCGGAGACACGUGAAGCUGGACCCUCCCUCCGACCUGCAGAGCAAUGUCAGCUCCGACUCCUGUGUCCUGACCUGGGGCGUCAGCCUGGGCUUGGAGCCGCUGGCCUCGCUGCUCAGCUAUGAGCUGGCCUUCAAGAGGCAGGAGGAGGCUUGGGAGCAGAGCGAGCACGCAGGGUCACAUGUUGGGGUGACCUGGCUUAUCCUUGAGGCUGUGGAAUUGGACCCUGGUUCCACCUAUGAGGCCAGGCUGCGUGUCCAGAUGGCCAACCUGGAGGACGCCAUGGCCGAGGAGGAGCGCUACGAGGGCCCCUGGAGCGAGUGGAGCCGGCCCGUGAGCUUCCUGUCUCACCAGAGACCAGGCCGCCUGGUCUCGCCUCUGAGGCAGCCCGACAGCACCUUUGUCGCCAUGUCCAUCUUUCUCCUGCUGACCAGCCUGACCUACCUCCUGUUCAAGCUGUCACCCAGGUCGGUACCCAAGGGCUGUGCCUGUGGCUGUGUGCAUGCUCCUUGUGAGGAAUGUGAGGAGGAGUGGAUAAAGCUGGAGGAAAAUCAGUGA